AUGGUUCCAUCUCCAGGCCAGCUGGACGACGGCGUGGCAUCCAUGCUCGUUAAUAUCACGGACAUGCACGAUUUCAAGCACGAGGUGACUGUAGAGGAAGCGCUAACUCUGAACCAGGUGGAGAAGCGCGCGAGGGAGCAGGGUCGCGUAUGGUGGAGCUAUGAGGCUAACAAAGGCCCGUUCUGGUUCCUGGAAGAAGCACCAGCGAGCAUCACGGGCGUGCAUAUACGAGCGAAUCUCCAGGCGACGCUGCAGCAGGCGACGAAUAACCUAACCUUGCAUCUGCACCACCACCACCAUUCCCUCUCCUCUUCCUCCUCCUCCACCUCCUCCUCCUCCUCGUCGCUACCCGCGUCCUCGUCUUGUCCCGCGACCUGCGCGGCCGGGGCGUUGCCGGGUCCGGGGUUGUUCGGAAGCAUGUCUACUCCCGCGGUGCUGAAGCGGCUUGUGCGGAAGGGGAUUCCGCCGCACCUGCGCCCGCGCGUGUGGAAGGCGGUGUCGGGCGCGGCUAAGAAGGAGGCGGUUGCGCCGGACGAUUACUAUUCGUCGCUCGUGGAGGAGACCACGUGGCGCACGACGGACCACACGUUACAGAUCGAUCACGACCUGCACCGCACGUUCCCCAAGCACCCUCGCAUGGACACACCAGAGAGCCUGGCAGCUCUCAGGCGCAUGCUCGUGGCCUACUCCUUCCGGGACUCGCACGUGGGGUACUGCCAGGGCAUGAACUACGUGGCGGCGUACCUGCUGCUGGUGAUGCGCAGCGAGGAGGACGCCUUCUGGAUGCUGGCGACGCUGGUGGAGAACGUGCUGUACGACGACUGCUUCGCCGAGGACCUCUUUGGCGUGCACGUCGAGCAGCGCGUGCUCAAGGACCUUCUCAAGAAGAAACAGCCCAAGCUAGCUAGUCACUUGGACAAGGUUGGCUUUGAGCUUUCCCUUGUCACAACUGAGUGGUUCCUCUGUGUCUUCGCCAAGACCUUCCCCUCUGAGACUACGCUGCGGGUGUGGGAUGUUCUCUUCAAUGAGGGAGCCAAAGUGCUCUUUAGAGUCGCCCUGGCUCUAUUCAAGAUUAAUGAGGCGGAGCUCAUGACAGCACAGCACCUGGGGGACGUGGUGGAAAUACUCAAUCGGUCCAGCAGCAGACACUAUGACCCGGACAUUCUUUUACAGUUCCCCUCCCUUACUGCCUCUCCUCUCCCUCUGCCACUCCACCAGGUGGCGUUUGACCGGUAG